AUGCGACAUGCACACUGCAACACCAGGCAGGGCGACCACAAAGGUAAGUAUCUUCCAUGUCCUAGCUGGAGAGGUGAAAAAUCAGGAUCAGACGAGGGGAAUUUUACAUACAACAGAGGACCCAGCAGGAAAGACCCGGGGGGACCGACGCAAGGUGGACCAACUGCCGGAGGACCAAGCCUGUCCGAUCCGGUGACGGAACCACGGUACAACCAGUUUGAGUCAUCCGCCGAGAGAUUUGACCUCAUAGAUCAGAAUGUGCCUUUACAGAAAGGUACAAAGAGGAUAUUGGUAUAUCUCCUCUAUGGCAUCCUUGUUUCCCUGCUUGUAAUUCAGAUGAUGGUAACUGGGAUCAAAUUCACACAGUUAAACAUCAAAAUUGCUGACAUAAAAAUUCACCUUCAAAGACUCAGCCAUCAAGUCUCGGGUGGGGGGACAACCACAGAAGGUGUUCAUUUAGAAAAACGUGUCCCUGUUAGAGGAGCAUGUAAGGAGGGAUGGGUGUCUUUCCAAAGCAGCUGCUACUUUCUGUCUAGCAGCACCGCCACCUGGAACAAAGCUGAGCAGCACUGCCUUUCACGUGGUGGACAUCUGGUGGUUGUCAAUGGUGUGGAGGAGCUGGACUAUAUCUCAGAAAUCUCAGAAAUCACUUAUAAAUACUGGAUUGGACUCGUGGAGCGAACACGAGAGGGAGAGUGGAGUUGGGUGGAUGGAACUGACUACAGUAUAACGCCAAAGUUCUGGGACACAGAUCAGCCUGACAAUUGGGCCUUCAGAAAAAAUGGUGAGGACUGCGGGCAGCUCCAUGCUACGGAUGCACGAAUACGUCGGCGGUGGAACGACGCUGACUGCAACGUGGCGUACAACUAUAUAUGUGAAAUGAGGACAUGAGGCGCCUCACAGCAUGACAGCCCCAAGAAGGAUAUAUUUUAUCUGUAGAGCUUUUCAAACAAUUUCAUCUCUUUU